AUGAGUACUGAAGUUGUCGAACACGUGACGCCAGAUAUGCUGGCGGCGCGCGAGCGCCUGCGCGCAAGGAUGGGCGUCUCCGGCACGCAGACGGGAGGCAAGGGUACCGCCAGGAGGAAGGUCAAGAAAACCAGCAAGGUUGUAGGCGACGACAAGCGCCUCCAAUUCGGGCUACGUUCCAUCGGCGCCGCCAACAUCCCCGGCAUCGAGGAGGUGCAGCUCGUCAAGGACGAUGGCCACAUUUUGGUCUUCAGCAACCCCAAGGUGCAAGCUGCGCCCAACGCGAACACCUAUGUCAUUUCUGGUUUGGCGGAGGAGCGUGAGCUUUCGCUGCCGGACAUAAUUCAGCAGCUUUCGGCGGCUGGAUUUGGCUUGCCCUCCACCUCAAGGAAGGAUGAGGACAGCGACAUCCCCCAACUCGUAGAGGUAUUUGACAGCGUUGCGGAGAAAGACGAGGAGCGUGAGAACAAGAUUGAAGAGGUGGAAGAUGAUGUUGAGGAGGGUGACGACCAGACGGCAGAGGAGCCGGCGGACCAGGAUGUUCAGGGAGACGAGCCAGCUACCGAGGCUCCCCCGAAGAUCGAGGAGAUAAUCGAGGAACAAUAG